GCAGCAAACAAGGGCAGGGAGGAGGGCAACAUAGAAAUUUACCAACCUAUCCUCUCCAUAUGGACCAUAUCAUCUGCCUAUAAAAACCAGAGACGCCCAUCGUUAUCUGUUCAUCUUGUUGUGUUGGGUAAAGUUGGGUUGUGAAAAGAAAAGGGAAAGAAAUGCCUCUGAAGGUGUUGGACGCGACCAUCUCCAGCUUCGACAGCGUGUUUGAGAAAUUCAGAGAAGAAGCACCCAAGAAUAAGGCCAAUUUCAUCCUCUUCUUGGCCGACAAAGACCCUUCCACUUCUCUCAGCUGGUGUCCUGAUUGUGUGAGAGCCGAACCUGUAAUCUACAAAAAGCUGGAAGCUGCUCCAGGUGAUGUCGCACUUCUGAGAGCAUAUGUUGGAGAUAGACCAACAUGGAGGACUCCUCAACACCCAUGGAGAGUGGACUCAAGGUUUAAGAUCUCUGGAGUUCCAACACUCGUCCGCUGGGAAAAUGAUGCGGUCAAGGGUCGCCUCGAAGACUAUGAAGCGCAUGUUGAAAAGAAGAUCGACACACUUGUGUCUGGAAAUUAAGUUUCUAUAAUGCCCCAAUCUAAAGAUGUUUGAAAUUUCUGUAUGUUGUGCGACUUAUUAGACUUCAGCGGGGCAUAAAUGCAAAUUGGGAAAUAAAGGCUUGAUGCUAGGAACAUGUAAUUCACAAUUUAGUAUCAAGGAUUUGUUGCAGUUUGCAGUAGUCAAUUGUUCUGAUUUCUU